AUGCAGCUUAACGAUAGCGCGACGCUCAAACCCGCUGAGUCGGCCCUGUUAAGCCGCCGGCGCCGUCGCAAGUCUCUCCCUUCACGGGGCCAGGGAGGAGGCACCUCGGCCGAUCCAACCUCCCCAGAAGUUAUCUCGUCACUGAUCUCGUCUCUUUCCACCAUUUCCGUACCCCUGAACUCUCAUUUCGACAGCGUACCCCGAAUUGACUCCAAAGACUCCUCCGAUCCUGGCUUGCCCGAGGUGCCACAUACGGCGCCGUGUUUCACAAUCCCCCCUUCCCAGCAGAAUGGUGGUGGAUUUGGAAUGAGCUUUGGCACCCAUCUUGAGGAACCAGAACCCCCUCAUAACCCAUUCUUGCAUCCGGAUGAUGCCGCGCUGUCACCCGUCAUUCGCAUGGCCAGAGCGCCGCCCUCGCCCAAAUCCCCCAAAUCGCCUCGAUUCAAGCCUUUCAGUAAACAAUCCGAUUCAUCUACCCGACCCGCUUCGAGGGACUCCUGGUCAUCGGUGAGAGUCCCGGAAGAAGGCCCGGUGUUUGGCACAAUUAGUACCGAGCCCGGUCCCCGCCUCUCAACCGCGGUUAGCGUCGCCUCUAAUAGCUCGGCGGGUCGGACCAAGAGUUUGAAGGGUACCUUUGGUUUGCUUAGGAAAUCAUCAUCGCGGGAUUUAUCUGGCGACAAGGACACCCCGCUUGAACGUUUGCGAAAGACGAGCAGUCUCAACGACAGUUUGCGACACAUGCCCCGCAGUCGCGCCAGUCUGCGCUCCAUGCAUUCCAUGGCAGAUGUGGCCGAGGAGGCCGGGCCUAAGGACCCCAAUGAUGGCUUUUUAGCGAGCACACCCCCCGCCCAAGAGAACCAGUCGGUCCAGAACACACCGGACAAUAACAACCCUGGGGGGAUAGGAAGCGGUAGAAUUAUCCCCACACGUGACUCUUCCCUUCGACACCGACAUAGUCAGAGCCAAUCAUCAGGAAAACGAAGAUCUGCUCGUCAUAGUCGAUACCCCUCUACCGCCAGCAAAGAAUCAACGGCAGAUAAUGGACUACCAGGCACCAGUAAUGAUGCCGAACAAGUGACAAGGAGGAUUCAGGAGUUGAAAGACCAGCAACAGAGGAUCAAGACAGAGCUGGAAGUAGAUGACACCCCGGGGAAAUCCUCAAAAACCACUCCGGCGAAGACAUCUAAACCCACACGCAGCACGAGUCAAGUGGAUCAACACCGGGCUGCGAAUGGGUCACCGAAGGUUGAACAGUCUGUUUUGAAUGACAGCGCUCCUUCCCCUUCUAUCAUGACUGGCAAAAGUCGAACAGGAAAAACUGGAGUUCCUCUGGCAUCGAAGCCUACCAACUUUGCUCCUCAGAUGUCUAAAUCAUCGUCUGAUAGACUCGAAUAUGAAAAAUCACGAUACAGGACAUCUCUAGAGCCCGUCUCACCAACUCCGGGCCACCGUCGAACUCCGUCGGGUCCAAGCAUUACUGGCCGCACCUCCACCCACGAACGACCAUCCAGUGCCGACUCAAUUGAUCUGGCGGUCGAAGAUUACACGUUUUCUCCUAAACUGACCCAAAAAGUAAUCCAUCCUACCUCGGGUCGUACUAUCGCAUUCUCAGAGGUAGGCGACCCCAAGGGUCAUGUUGUUCUAUGUUGUCUCGGAAUGGGUCUCACCCGCUAUCUUCCGGCAUUUUACGAUGAAUUGGCUCGAACUCUCAACCUGAGACUGGUCACUCUAGACCGCCCUGGUGUUGGUGAGAGUGGACCACACCAACUUGAUGAACCGAGCAACCCUCUCAGCUGGCCUGAUGAUGUUGCUAUUGUUUGUAACUUUUUACGCGUGACUAAAUUCUCCAUUCUGGCUCACUCCGCCGGAGCAAUUUAUGCCCUGGCCACCGCACUUCGAAUCCCACAGCAUAUUCGUGGACGCAUCCAUCUCCUGGCCCCCUGGAUUCCUCCAUCUCAACUCUCCACCCUCGGCUCCCAAAAGGAACCGGCCCCUACUAAUGCAGUCCCUUACUCGCAACGCAUCCUCCGCGCUCUGCCAACAUCUCUUCUCAAAGUGGCCAACACCAAAUUCAUGAGUGCUACUAGUGCAAGCGUCACGACCAGUCUUCCCAAAUCCCCCAAGCGCGCCAAACGCAAGGCUGCUAAAGAAGCACCCAUAGCCGAUACCGCUUCUCUUGCGCAAGAUAUAGCUGAGGCCCAGUCUCAAAAAGAGAACUCUGCGCAAUUGAGUGGUGUGAAGCCCUCUAAUGUUUCUCAUGCCUCAUACAGAAAGAGUGACGCAACUCUUGGAUCUCGUGCGAAGUCCCCCGAGGAGGAGCGCGAGCGGCAGCAAGACUACGAUACUCGCCUCACGCACAAGAUCUGGGAACUUGCCACUGCCAACGCCAAUCCGGCUGUUGAUCUUUUGAUUUGUCUAGAGCGCCGCCAAACCAUCGGCUUCCGUUACGUUGAUAUCACCAGAUCGGUGGUGAUCCAUCACGGCAGCAAGGAUACCCGUGUACCCGUGGAGAAUGUCAACUGGUUGGGCAAGACCAUGCGUCGCUGUGAAGUACGAAUUCUUGAAGGCGAGGGUCACGGUCUUAUGGCCUCAGCCGGCGUGAUGGGCAGUGUCCUGACGGAGAUUGCCAAAGAGUGGGAAGACUGGACGACUAUUGUCCAGGGCAAGCGUCGAGCAACCGCUCAUGCUCCCCGACCCGGGCUUUCCCUCCAUACCUGA